UCCCACCGCCACUCCCGCACGAAUGUAAAACCAUUUACUAUUCAAAAACCCCCCACUCUUCCCCUGCUUUUGAUCCCCAAACCCCACACUCCCUACUUUCCCUUUCACCACAAUCCCUUCUCAGUUCCCCCAUUUCCUUUUCCCAAUCAAAUUAUCAAAUAAAUAGUCAGAACCCCAAUGCCAGAGCUCGCAGAGACCUACGCUUGCGUCCCAUCAACCGAGCGGGGCCGUGGGAUCCUAAUCUCGGGCGACCCCAAGUCCAACAAGGUUCUUUACACCAACGGGCGAUCCGUCAUCAUUCUCGACCUUAACAAUCCACUCAACGUCGCUAUUUACGGGGAGCAUGCGUACCCGGCCACCGUGGCGCGGUUCUCGCCCAACGGAGAGUGGAUCGCAUCGGCUGACGUGUCGGGCACUGUCAGGAUCUGGGGCACCCACAAUGACCACGUGCUGAAGAAAGAGUUCAAGGUUUUGUCGGGUGGGAUCGAUGAUCUCCAAUGGUCUCCUGAUGGGAUGCGGAUCGUCGCCUCUGGUGAUGGCAAAGGGAAGUCUCUUGUUCGCGCUUUUAUGUGGGAUUCAGGCACUAAUGUGGGCGAAUUUGAUGGCCAUUCAAGACGAGUUCUAAGUUGUUCCUUCAAGCCAACUAGACCAUUUCGUAUUGUAACAUGUGGAGAGGACUUUUUGGUGAAUUUUUAUGAAGGCCCACCCUUUAGGUUCAAGCUAUCUCACAGAGAUCACUCCAAUUUUGUAAAUUGUGUAAGAUUUUCUCCAGAUGGAAGCAAAUUCAUCACAGUUAGCUCUGAUAAAAAGGGUAUCAUAUUUGAUGGAAAAAGUGGGGAGAAGAUUGGAGAAUUGUCAUCUGAAGAUGCUCACAAAGGCAGCAUUUAUGCUGUUAGCUGGAGUCCUGAUGGUAAACAGGUGCUGACAGUGUCUGCUGACAAGACAGCAAAAGUAUGGGAGAUCUUUGAGGAUGGAAAUGGGAAGUUGAAGAAAACAUUGACAUGUUCUGGCUCAGGUGGAGUAGAUGACAUGCUUGUUGGAUGUCUUUGGCAGAAUGAUCAUCUUGUCACUGUCUCUCUAGGUGGUACAAUUAGUAUAUUCUUUGCUAGUAAUCUUGAAAAGGCCCCACUGCAAUUAUCAGGACACAUGAAGAAUGUCACUUCAUUAGCUGUCCUAAAGAGUGACCCAAAAUGUAUACUGUCUAGUAGUUAUGAUGGCCUAAUAGUUAAAUGGAUUCAAGGUGUGGGAUAUAGUGGUAAAUUACUGAGGAAAGAGAAUUCUCAAAUCAAAUGUUUUGCUGCUGCUGACGAAGAGAUUGUUACUUCUGGAUUUGACAAUAAGAUAUGGAGAAUUUCUCUACAUGGGGAUCAGUGUGGGGAUGCAGAUUCUGUUGAUAUUGGCAGUCAACCAAAGGACUUGAGCCUUGCCCUUCUCUCCCCUGAACUUGCUUUAAUCACAACUGACUCAGAAGUUGUCAUGCUCCGUGGUACGAAAGUGGUUUCAACCAUAAACCUUGGUUUUGCCGUGACAGCAUUAGCAGUUGCACCUGAUGGAAGUGAAGCUAUAAUUGGUGGGCAGGAUGGUAAAUUGCAUAUAUAUUGUAUCACAGGUGAUACCCUCAAGGAAGAGGCAGUACUUGAGAAACAUCGAGGUGCUCUAACAGUCAUACGCUACUCACCAGAUUUCUCGAUGUUUGCCUCUGGUGAUGCAAAUCGAGAAGCUAUAGUCUGGGAUCGUGUCUCUCGAGAGGUAAAGCUUAAAAACAUGUUGUACCACACUGCUCGUAUAAACUGUCUUGCUUGGUCUCCGAAUAGCAGUCUGGUUGCUACUGGAUCACUCGACACCUGUGUAAUAAUUUACGAGGUUGACAAGCCAGCAUCUAGCCGUAUGACCAUAAAAGGAGCUCACUUAGGUGGAGUUUAUGGAUUAGCCUUUACUGAUGAAUACAGUGUGGUGAGCUCUGGUGAGGAUGCUUGUGUUCGAGUGUGGAAAUCGACCCCCCAAUGAUGGAGGCCAAUAAAGAGAUGUCUAGGUGGGAUUAGAAGUUUGGUGAAUGCUGUGCAUUUUAUUGGAUUUUCCUUUUGUGAGGUCAGAAUGGGGUGUGCAAACUGAAAUCUACGGGUAGGAGGUGGGUGAUUUACUGAACGGCAUACCAGCAUUUCUGGUGUAUGCGUUAUAUGCCCAAAGGCUUUUUUGCUGCUUGGAAUCAGCAUUGUUUUCUUGUGUAAACAAGAUGGUUGUCACAUGGUCUUAUUUAAAUGAUGGCAUGAUAGGGUUUGUAUCAUUGUGAGCAUGUUAAAAAUACAGUCUGUGGAACGUAGCUGUAUCUGUGGCUAUGGUAGACCUACAGUUUGAAGCAAAAGAAGUUAUUGCAUGGUUCAUUGCAAGUAGAGAAUCGGGAAUGAAUUUGCUUGGAGUGUUAGUAGAUGUAGAUCGGAAACCCUGCUGGUUUUUUCCCCACCCACUUGAUGUUGGGGUUCGCCUUAAAUUGUAAUCAUAUGAGGUUGAUGAUGUUGUGCUCAACAACAUAGUUAUAUCUUCCAUUACGAUUAUGGAGGCGACUGUUCAAUUUAUAAUGCAUCUCUUUCUUGUAUGAUGGUUUUGUACAA